AUGUCUUUCGCCGAUCUUUCCAAGAGCCUAAGCGACAUCGAGCGUAAGGUCAACAAGUCCAUCAAGAUUCUCGGCAAGGGCAAUGACAUGAACUACAAGGAUGCCAUCAAGCUGGGCACCAAGUCAAACUCAAUUGUCAGCACGAUCAACAAGGGUAUCAAGGACUACUCGAACUUCGACCCCUCCGAAGAUGAGGCCAAGAAGCUUCUGGGCCAGAUGAACACAAUUGUCGACCUGACCGAGACUCAACUGAACGCCAUGGUAUCGAACCAGGCCCGUUUCGAGAGCUUGAAGGUCGGUGGUCUCGUAAAGAAGAACGUCACCAAGACCGAGGCCGUGGGCAAGGAGCUUUCAGCGGUCAUGAUUGCCAAGGCCCCUGGAAGCAUCAAGGGAGAUGCUGAGGCGCUCGAGAAGAGACGUGAGGCUGCUUUCAACAAGGCAUCUGGAGCUUUUGCUGGAUCUACAGGCGGCGAGGAUGAGCAGCUUGGAGACGACUCCGACUAA